AUGCUAGCCGCGCCGGAAUUUCAAAACACUUCCCCCUCUUUAUUUCUUCUCCUCUGUCCCCCAGACUGCGGCGUCUUGGACGGUCUUGGACAGAGACCCCCCUCCGUCCCCCCGUACCUGCCCGUCCACUACCGGCUGCUGGACGCCGACUCGGCCUUCUUCCUGACGGAGGCCGAUCAGGACCUCAUGAGGAACUCCAGCUCGUUGUCCCGCACCGAGUCCUUCUUCGUCCACCGGGCUCGGACGUCCCCCCUGAUAAACGCCAGCUACGGACCCGUCUCCGUGGAGCGUCCCGUCCCGCUGGAGCUCCUGCAGAGUCCUGGGACGACGUUCCCGGCCUCCCCCGUCGCCUUCGCCUUCAACUGGAAGAUGCAGACGUUCGUCCUCAACCCCAGGGUCCACCUGGCCAGGCCCAAGGUCCAGGUCCUGUUCUACGUGACGGGCCGCGACUGGGACGACCACGGCGCCGUCCACCGGCUGCCCUGCGUCCACGUGUUCGCCUUCCACGAGACCCCGGAGGUCCACGCGACCCCGCGNCUGGGGGGGGGGCGGGGCCUGGGUGUGGCCGGGCUGGAGCCCCUGGCCGGGUGGUUCGGACCGCCCGGGGUGGUCCCGGGACGCCAGAGGGUCCCCGGGGUGUCCGAGGGGACGCCGGUGGAGCUGUACUACCAGCUGCGGUCCGCGGAGGCAGGAGAGUGCCGCUCGGAGGAGGCCGGGAGCCGGGAAGAACCGUCGGGUUCCUUCGCCUCCUCGCCGCUCAACAGGAUCGGCAGCGUGAGGCUGUACCGGGACCCGGCCCCUGCCCCGCUGGUUGAACACAGGCUGGACGACAACUUCAUGGUCACGGUCCCUGCUGUGGCCGUCAAACAGAAGGAGACGCUGUCUGCUGUCGUCAGCGUGUCGGCGUCCUCUCCUGUGGAGACGUUUACCCUCAGGGUGAAGCUGAAAGAAGGCGUGACCUUUCUCGGCGCCCGUCCCAGCAGCCCCACCCAGUGGAUGGUCAGCCAGGAUGUGAGGAGUGAAGGUCACCGGGUCGUGACCCUGCACUGCCGCAGGAAGGAGUCCAGCUACGACCAGCACGAGGAUGACCCGGGGGUUCUGAGGGUUCUCCAGGUGGACCUGAAGGUGGAGGGUUCGGUGGAGCCGCUGGACGCCCGCCGGACGGCCUGGCAGGUGGAGUACCCCGGGAGUCGAACCCUCACCCGGGAGGUGGAGACGGAGCUCCGAGUGGCACGAGAGGACGUGGUGGGACUGGUGCCUCUGGCCAUGAACUGUGAAAUCCUGAACACGGCUCUGCUGACGGGGAAGACGGUGGCCGUCCCACUGAAGGCGGUGACGGUCGGAGCGGACGCCUCGGUGACCGAUGUCUCCGACGUCGUCAGGUGUCGCUCCACGGACGAGGAGGUGGCCAAG